GUCUACCCUACCUUACGUGCCCGGCGGGCUGGUGGGGCGCCAACUGCACGCAGCCGUGCCGCUGCGCCGCCGCCGCCGCCUGCCGCCCCAACGACGGCUACUGCCGCUGCCCGCCCGGCUACACCGGCGCCUACUGCACGCAGUGUGAGUCUACCCUACCUUACGUGCCCGGCGGGCUGGUGGGGCGCCAACUGCACGCAGCCGUGCCGCUGCGCCGCCGCCGCCGCCUGCCGCCCCAACGACGGCUACUGCCGCUGCCCGCCCGGCUACACCGGCGCCUACUGCACGCAGUUUUGCCCUGAGGGCUACUUCGGCGACCACUGCAUGGAGCCGUGCAUGUGCCCCGAGGGCAACUGGGACUGCCACCCGGUGCGCGGCUGCGUGUGCCGCCGCGGCUUCAUCGGCGACAGCUGCGACACGCACGCCUCGGACGCCAUAGUGGUGGACCAGGCCGAGGGUAUGUACCAUGUACUCUGUCACAGUCUGCCCCGAGGCAACUGGGACUGCCACCCGGUGCGCGGCUGCGUGUGCCGCCGCGGCUUCAUCGGCGACAGCUGCGACACGCACGCCUCGGACGCCAUAGUGGUGGACCAGGCCGAGGGUAUGUACCAUGUACUCUGUCACAGUCUGCCCCGAGGCAACUGGGACUGCCACCCGGUGCGCGGCUGCGUGUGCCGCCGCGGCUUCAUCGGUGACAGCUGCGACACGCACGCCUCGGACGCCAUAGUGGUGGACCAGGCCGAGGGUAUGUACCAUGUACUCUGUCACAGUCUGCCCCGAGGCAACUGGGACUGCCACCCGGUGCGCGGCUGCGUGUGCCGCCGCGGCUUCAUCGGCGACAGCUGCGACACGCACGCCUCGGACGCCAUAGUGGUGGACCAGGCCGAGGGACACCCGGUGCGCGGCUGCGUGUGCCGCCGCGGCUUCAUCGGCGACAGCUGCGACACGCACGCCUCGGACGCCAUAGUGGUGGACCAGGCCGAGGGUAUGUACCAUGUACUCUGUCACAGUCUGCCCCGAGGCAACUGGGACUGCCACCCGGUGCGCGGCUGCGUGUGCCGCCGCGGCUUCAUCGGCGACAGCUGCGACACGCACGCCUCGGACGCCAUAGUGGUGGACCAGGCCGAGGGUAUGUACCAUGUACUCUGUCACAGUCUGCCCCGAGGCAACUGGGACUGCCACCCGGUGCGCGGCUGCGUGUGCCGCCGCGGCUUCAUCGGCGACAGCUGCGACACGCACGCCUCGGACGCCAUAGUGGUGGACCAGGCCGAGGGUAUGUACCAUGUACUCUGUCACAGUCUGCCCCGAGGCAACUGGGACUGCCACCCGGUGCGCGGCUGCGUGUGCCGCCGCGGCUUCAUCGGCGACAGCUGCGACACGCACGCCUCGGACGCCAUAGUGGUGGACCAGGCCGAGGUAGGAGGCAGCAACGCGGGCCUAACGGCGACGAUGGUGAUCCUACUGUUAUUGUGCUUAGCUGCCGCUGCCCUCAUGCUGUUCUACUACCGCAAGCGAGUCAAGAACCUCAAGCGGGAAAUAGCCCAUGUCCACUACACCGCCGACCCGGCCACACAACCUGAGCAACACUUCGACAACCCCGUCUACUCAUACCAAGGCUCCACUCGGAGCGAUGAGACCACGCUCUUGAACAACGCCAACCACAUCCACAACAACCUUAGCAAGCUCAGCAACACCACCAUGGAGAAGCUACGGAACCGACCCACUGGAUCCACCGAUCGCUCAACUCGCAGCGAUGAGACCACGCUCUUGAGCAACGCCAACCACAUCCACAACAACCUUAGCAAGCUCAGCAACACCACCAUGGAGAAGCUACGGAACCGACCCACUGGAUCCACCGAUCGCUCAACUCGCAGCGAUGAUACCACGCUCUUGAGCAACGCCAACCACAUCCACAACAACCUUAGCAAGCUCAGCAACACCACCAUGGAGAAGCUACGGAACCGACCCACUGGAUCCACCGAUCGCUCAACUCGCAGCGAUGAUACCACGCUCUUGAGCAACGCCAACCACAUCCACAACAACCUUAGCAAGCUCAGCAACACCACCAUGGAGAAGCUACGGAACCGACCCACUGGAUCCACCGAUCGCUCAACUCGCAGCGAUGAGACCACGCUCUUGAGCAACGCCAACCACAUCCACAACAACCUUAGCAAGCUCAGCAACACCACCAUGGAGAAGCUACGGAACCGACCCACUGGAUCCACCGAUCGCUCAACUCGCAGCGAUGAUACCACGCUCUUGAGCAACGCCAACCACAUCCACAACAACCUUAGCAAGCUCAGCAACACCACCAUGGAGAAGCUACGGAACCGACCCACUGGAUCCACCGAUCGCUCAACUCGCAGCGAUGAUACCACGCUCUUGAGCAACGCCAACCACAUCCACAACAACCUUAGCAAGCUCAGCAACACCACCAUGGAGAAGCUACGGAACCGACCCACUGGAUCCACCGAUCGCUCAACUCGCAGCGAUGAUACCACGCUCUUGAGCAACGCCAACCACAUCCACAACAACCUUAGCAAGCUCAGCAACACCACCAUGGAGAAGCUACGGAACCGACCCACUGGAUCCACCGAUCGCUCAACUCGCAGCGAUGAGACCACGCUCUUGAGCAACGCCAACCACAUCCACAACAACCUUAGCAAGCUCAGCAACACCACCAUGGAGAAGCUACGGAACCGACCCACUGGAUCCACCGAUCGCUCAACUCGCAGCGAUGAUACCACGCUCUUGAGCAACGCCAACCACAUCCACAACAACCUUAGCAAGCUCAGCAACACCACCAUGGAGAAGCUACGGAACCGACCCACUGGAUCCACCGAUCGCUCAACUCGCAGCGAUGAUACCACGCUCUUGAGCAACGCCAACCACAUCCACAACAACCUUAGCAAGCUCAGCAACACCACCAUGGAGAAGCUACGGAACCGACCCACUGGAUCCACCGAUCGCUCAACUCGCAGCGAUGAGACCACGCUCUUGAGCAACGCCAACCACAUCCACAACAACCUUAGCAAGCUCAGCAACACCACCAUGGAGAAGCUACGGAACCGACCCACUGGAUCCACCGAUCGCUCAACUCGCAGCGAUGAUACCACGCUCUUGAGCAACGCCAACCACAUCCACAACAACCUUAGCAAGCUCAGCAACACCACCAUGGAGAAGCUACGGAACCGACCCACUGGAUCCACCGAUCGCUCAACUCGCAGCGAUGAUACCACGCUCUUGAGCAACGCCAACCACAUCCACAACAACCUUAGCAAGCUCAGCAACACCACCAUGGAGAAGCUACGGAACCGACCCACUGGAUCCACCGAUCGCUCAACUCGCAGCGAUGAUACCACGCUCUUGAGCAACGCCAACCACAUCCACAACAACCUUAGCAAGCUCAGCAACACCACCAUGGAGAAGCUACGGAACCGACCCACUGGAUCCACCGAUCACUUCGACAAACCCUUCUACUCAUACCAAGGCUCAACUCGCAGCGAUGAUACCACGCUCUUGAGCAACGCCAACCACAUCCACAACAACCUUAGCAAGCUCAGCAACACCACCAUGGAGAAGCUACGGAACCGACCCACUGGAUCCACCGAUCCGUAUGACCCGCUGUCGUGCCUCAAGAACAAGGAUGCGGAUCUGACCAACCCGAACCUGUACCACUGCAUCGAUGACAACAAGCUUGACCACGUGUACGAUGAGAUCAAACAUAAGGAAGGAUAUGAAAUGGAAUACGACCACCUGAACUACACGCCGCCGGCCAACAAAUGGAAGCCGCACUACCAGCGCAUGGCCAACGGUUUCACACCUGCCCCCUCGGCCACAUCCAGCGCCGCGCCCAGCGAGGUGUCCGUGCCGCCCAUCCCGCCUCUACCCAAACUGAAUGUGGCCCACGUGUCGCCCGUGGCCCGGGCCCCCGUGAGUAACGUAGCCCCCGUGAGUACCGUGGCCCCCCUGAGUAACGGGGCCGUGAGCAGCGCGGCCCCCUCGAGUACCGGGGCCGCGAGCGCAGGCCCCGCGGGGGCGCCGCCGGCCCCGCCCCCGCGCGAGGCCGUGAGUGAGGCCGUCGAGACGCCAUGACACGAUGAGUGGGUGAGACUGUUUGACUCUGUUAUGGGUGAAUAGGUUUGCCUGGAAACCGUUGCAUUUUUGUAUGUAUACAACACAAACUAAAUUAAAUGUAUACAACAAGAAAUGUCGAGCACAGUUGCAUGCAAAGGUCGCCCCGUAUACGUAACAUGGAUAGUUGGAUACCUCACCCUAUUCCCGUGUCACAACGUUAGGACUGUAAAACGUAAGUGAUCUCCUGUUUUUAUAUGAAUUCGUAAAUGUAUUACGUGUACUGCGUCGUAGAGAAAUAAGUAAGCUUACUUAUUUCACUAUGACCGCGUUAAAGAAACGAUAUAACGUAAGUCAUACGAUACGGGUUGUGGCGGACUUUUAAUAUUUACGUGAAUUCGUUAUUGAACCAAAAUCAGAGGAUGUAUUUAAACUUUCGAAAUGUAAAAUAAAAAUAUUUCACGUUUUAAGAAAUAUUGUCAUUUAUAGGCAUUUCAAGUGUCAUAGAUUGUAGGAUUUACUAUGUUUUAAGAAUCGAAAAUUAAUUAUAUUUACUAUGGAAUGUUUUUUUCUAAAAUCAUUAAUAUAUUUUAAGUAAGUAGGUAAAACUGCCCAUCGCUUUAAUUUCAUAUCUAAAGAUUGCGCAUUGAUAUUUACACUAUCAUAUUCAUUGUAGUUUAAGAAACCUUUUAUUCGUUUAUUCAUUCGAAAAUAUUUGUAUUGUACUAUUGGUACCGCCUAAUCAUGAUUUCGUUUUAUUUAUACAAAUGAAUGAAAAUAACCUAUUAUUUGGGUAGCGCAGAAAGCAUUUGUAUUAUGAAAAGCAAGUUGGAAGGGUACGAAAAUCAAAAUUUUACAUUGGUAGCUAAAUCUAUUUGUUUGUGCAUAUUUUUGGUGUCUGUACUAAUGAUAUUUUAGAUGGUUACCGUGUUAAAUCAAAACAACGUAAAAUGUAUUUACGUACGUAGUGUAUUUAAAAAUUGCCAAGUAGAGUUUCGUACAAGGCCGAUAGUUCAAAUAGGUUGUUCAAUAUCAAUAUAAUUACAUUAUAUAAUUAUUCGGUAGUAACACGAAAAUAUUCAUAAGUAAACGUCACUAUUACGUCACUUGUUUCAAUAUACGAAAAGUUAUUGACAUAUCAAUAUUAUAAUAUACAUGAACUAUUGUAAUUGUAUGAAACGUAUAUUUAUACGACGGUUACUUACGGUUUGGGAUUGACAAGACGGUUUUAAUACAUACAAUUUUAUACCGUAAUAUGAUAGUCAUAAAGUCUAUUCUACAACCAAUAGUAAGUAUAUACAAAAGUUUCUGUGGUGUGAUUUUUAUUUAUAACACACAUUUCGCCUGUUGAAUGCGUAAAUAAUGGCUGCAAAAAUUUCUUCAGUGAAAUAUUAAGUGCACGAAUAUUUUACUAAAUACAUAUAUGUUGCCAAACGUCAAGCUCCCGGGCGCAAGUUAGCUAAUGUAAACCUUGCUCGAAAGUGUGAAGGUGACUUUGACAGCGUCCGCCAUGACACCUAUAGUUGUCCUUGGCGCUGUGGGCACGACUAGUAUCGACGCCUUUAGGUGUUCUUGGCGUUCAAAUGGUUAAAAUCAUCUCUCAGUUGCAAACUAAAGUAAUCGUGUAGACUUGGACCACGCUAAGUUUUCAUGCCAAGUUCUACGUCAAGUAUGCAUUCUUACUGUUUAAUUUAUGUUUAUGCAAAGUUAGCGUGGUCUGUCUAAUAUUAUUGCAGCUUCACGAAUCGUGCGAUGCUCCGUGAAAAGCAAUAACCCUAGUGAUAUUCUAUAGUAUUAUAAGUAUACUGUAAUAUUCUCACCGUGGAUGGACUUGUUACAUUCCACAUGUGUUUAUACUAUUUAUUUAAAAUCAUUUUACAUUUUAAUAUUUUAUAAUACUUCAUAUUUCGUUUUAAAAUUUUAGUAAAUAUAUGAAUCAAGGUUUAUUUUUAUCGUAAAGCUAAUUUUGUCUUAUGAAUCGAUAUCAUGUAAAUGUAAUUAAUAACACAUAUCAUGUAAGCCCUAUACGUGUAUCUCUAUUGUGAAUAUAAUGUUAAUUAAUUCAAACUUUACUCUGUUAUGGACUGUUUUAGUAAGCUAACGAAAAGAUGCGAUGAAUUUAACGGAGAGUAAAAAAUAAGAGUAGAAUAGUUCGUGUCAUCCGCGAUAACGUGCAGCUUUUUAAAUCUAACCUUCAAUAGCAUGACAAUACGUCUCAAACCUCGCGUCUUCGUGAAUAACACGAUCUAUAUCUACUACCUUACCACACUUAUGUACGGUCACGUCUGAAAAUAUCGGUACGAAAAAAGUGCCAAAAAUGCACACACCUUUUAUUGCAUUAGGUUGCAAAAGUGUAAACAUACGUGUAUUGUCUAUUUUCUGUAACUUUGUUUACUCUGAACCGUGUAUUCAAUUUUAUACUUUAUUUCAAUGGCGAAAAGUAACAAAUGAAAUAAUGUCUUCGGUAAAAAUGAUUUUUUUUUACUGGACAAGGUGUGUAGUGUGGUAGGUCUGUGAUUUAAGCAUGUUAUUUACUAAGGAUGAGUGAUGUUUGCUCAAAAAGUGCCAAUUUGUAAGUUUAGGUUUAGGCGUAAAGUUCGGACUAUUGUCAAGGAAUUUCUGCGUCUCAUUUUAAUUGGGCUUUUUUAAUUGAAUACCGUAUUAAAAACUACAAUAUGUACUACAGAAGUGAUAUCAGAACUGUAUAUCAAUUCAUGUCACAAUAACUUAUCAUAUCUAAUCUACCAAAAAGGUAUUUACUCACCAAUAUUAAUAUGUAUGUAUACCAUAAUUGUAAUUUUCUCGCUUCAAAUAUAGUCGGUUAUUUUAGAUAAUUCUGAUUAAAACCAAUACAAAAUAUAGAUACUACUCGCCGAAUGACUUUGGGCAAUCCCACACUAGCGUCUUUUGAGCGUCGGUGUCUAGUCAGCGCUAUGGAAAAUGGCGUCGCUGCGCAGUUGCGCCAACGUUGCGUCGAGCAGCAGCCAUAGAGUUCACUACACUUCGACGCUCGGGAGACGCUAGUGUGGGCGCCCUUUGUCACGUUGUUAGGUUUUUAUAAUUCCUUUUACCUAGAAAACCGAAUAGUGCAGUUUGUAACAUAUCUGAAGUUGUGGGUCUGUAGCAUUCAGAUACAUAUCGAAUGUUAAUUCAAAAUAUCCUUUAAUUAGUAAUAUAAUUAUUGAACUCAUGAAUUAAUCGUGUGCGGCGUGUCAUCGUGAACCUUGUCCGAAUGCACGAAGGUUGAAGGAUCAACUGACCAUCGGUGAACCUUAUCUCUUUUCAAUAAGGUUUACAAAUCAUUCGAUUAACUGUGUGGGUGGUGGUAUCUACAUAUACUAUUUUUUUUUUCUCUGAAUAUUGUGUCCGAGUAUUUAUCCGUCGCGUUUCCUCUCCCUAGCAUUGCGCCAGCUUGGAUUAUUUUUCACUCGUCGGGAGCCCUUCUUCAGGCUCUGAAUGCUAUCAUGACAGGGUUCACCUGAAAGGCCAGAACACAUCAGCUGCGUGUGCGCAGUCGUACGCGUGCGCUAAAAUGUUGGAAUCGUACGCACACCUCACGCAAGCGGUGUGUCGUCUCUCAUGAGGAUCUGUAUAUUACAACAUGCACGUGCCCGUUUACGCACACGCAUCCGGUGUGGACAGGCCUUAACUAUAAAUUUAUUUUACCUGCAUAAUUAUGCUAUCAAUGCGGUAAUUAAACAAUUUUCAACAAAUUAAGAGUUUUGCAAGUAAAAACUUGAAAUAAAACAUGGGGCGAAUGUGUAGGACUAUGGGAAUUGUCAGUUUAUGUAGUGUACAAAUCAACUGACAAUAAUUUAUUUUGUAAAUGUUUACAUUGUAGUUAAACCUAAAUAAAUUUUAAUAAAAAAUAUCGAGCCACUUUAUCUUUGGCACGUAUAUAUAUCUAGUUUGUGAUAAAUUAUUUUACAUGUAAGCAAACAUUUGAAUAAAAAAUAACUCCCAUAAAAAAAA